AUGAAAUCUCGCUACAUUUAGAUUGAUAAAUAUAUGAUAGACACCUAGAAAUAGUUGGGCAAAGGAAGUUGUGGUACUGUUUACUUGGGGUUUUACGCUAAAGGAACUGGUGAUGAAAAAGUAUUCUUAGCCAUUAAAGAAAUACCUGUCAAAGCAUCUCCAGAAGUAACAGUGUCACUAUUACAAGAAAUCAAUGUGUUAAGAAAAAUAAAUCACUUAAACAUUGUAGGCUUUAUUGAUGCAAAAAAGAAUGAAGAGUAUAUGUAUUUGGUUACAGAAUACUGUAAUCAAGGGGCUCUUGAAGAUUUUAUCUUGAAUCAUAAUCUCUCGGAAGAAGAUGUGGUUGUGUUCUUUAGAUAAAUAGCUUCUGCAUUCAAAUAUUUAGUUAGCAAAAAGAUUAUUCAUAGAGAUAUAAAACCAUAAAACUUAUUGUUACAUAAUGGGUAAGUCAAGGUUGCAGACUUCGGAUUAGCUAAAGUGAUGGAUCAAUCAAAUUAGAGUGGAAAAUUUCAGACUUUUAGUGGUACACCAGUUUUCAUGUCUCCACAAAUAAUAAAAUAAGAAUCCUAUAAUAGUUUAAGUGAUAUGUGGUCUUUGGGUGUUACUUUCUACUUUAUGUUAUUUAGAGAGUAUCCAUGGGAAGAAGUCAACCCAUUAAAAUUAUUAAAGAAAAUUCAAUAAAAAAUUGACAAUCUCAUUCCUGAAGGAUGUACAUUAUCUGAACCAACUAAAGAUCUUUUAAAGCGGAUGCUGGUUAUUGAUGAAAAUAAUAGGAUUUCAUGGUAGGACUUCUUUAAUCAUAAAGCGAUCAAAAUUGAAUAGGAUCCUAUGUAUACACUAUCAACAUAAGAUUCAGUCGAAGAUUUGACUUUAAAUAAUUUUUUACUCUAAAGUGCAAGUAUAAGUUUAUCGGAUAAGGAAUAAGAUGAAAUGUAAGAGUAUGGAAGAAGACAAACAUUAAAUUAUUUGGCUCAUUAAAAUAUAUUGAAUAGAGCCAGAAAAGCAAAAGAUCACUUAGAAUUCGAAAAAUCCAUUGGAUAUUAUUACUUGUAAGUAGCCAAAGAAUUGGAAAGUUAAAAAAAAAUUGAUUAAGCGAACUUAAUACCAGAAGAUUUGUAUAUUAAGUCGAUGUUUUUACUUUACAAACGAAUUUAUUGUGUGUUUUCAUCCUUAAACUAGAUGCUGCUGUUUGAUUGCAACGAAUCAGGAAUCAUAGAGAUUGAUCCUCAAGAUUGGCUUGAAUUGAUGACUUCUGAAUAUCACUAAAAUGAUUUGUAGAAAAUUAGAUAGAGCACUUAAAGAGAUUUCGAUAUUUCUAGAAAGGAAUUCAUAAAAUGGAAAGAGCAAUUAUAUGAUGCUUAAUUUCAAUUAGAAAAGUUCUCUAUAAUAGAAAGAGGAGAUGCUUAUAAGGAUAGUAGUAUUAGAGGAAAAUGA